AUGGUGCUGACGGAGGGAGCCCUGGUUGCUUCGACACAGCCUCCUGGGGGGUCCACCGCCUCCAGGUACUGCCCUCAUGCUGACAAGAUGGCUGCCAGAGCUCCAGCAUCCCUGUCUUCACCGUCCACACCCCGAAGUGGGAAGCGUGAGGAUGUGUGUGACGGAAGUUGUCAAGGUGCUACAGGUUCAGCAGUUUGUGUGUAUAUCUGGGGCGCGGCCAAAGGACGAUCAGCGUCCAUGGUUCCUGGUGUGGCUCUGGAUGUCUGCCCUUGGUCAUGUUACACCAACCAAGCUCACCCUUCCUCCCUUUCUGCUCAUGGUUCUGCUCGUGCAUUUCCCAACUCAUUUUUAUAA